AUGGAAGGAGAAGCUGUCGCCGCGGUCAUUAAAGUAGUAGUCCAAAACCUCAUAGAACAAUCCAAGAAAGAGAUCUCACUAAUCCGAGGUCUCGACAAAGAAGCAGCAAAGCUAACUGGGAGUCUAGAUACUAUCCAGCAAUUCUUGAACGAUGCUGAAAGCCGUACCAUUCCCGGUGGGGCUGUCAAAAGCUGGCUGAGGAAGCUCGAAGAUGUGGCGUUUGAUGCUGACAACGUUUUGGAUGAAUUCAACUAUCAUCAUCUCUCCAAACAAAUCAAGCCCAUCAUGCCCACCAAGCCGAUGAAACAAAAGGCACUAUCUUGCUUCUCAUCCUUCAGUCAUAUCACGCAUCCGAGAAAUAUAGCUCUUAAAAUCAGAGAAAUCAAUGUGAAUUUGGAGUCCAUUUACAAAGAGGGAGCCGGACUUGGCCUCAAAGAGAGGCUAGCCAACGAUGUGCCAAAAUUGCCUCGUACUGCAUUUGAAACUGAUUCCUUCUCACAUGAUCCAAUUUUCAUUGGAAGAGAUGAGUUAGUGUCGGAAAUAGUUGAGGUUAUUAACACUGGUACCACAACUGAUGAGCGUGUAGUUUCUAUCUUUGCCAUCGUGGGAAUGGGAGGAAUGGGGAAGACAACCUUGACUAGGAAUGUCUUCCAUCAUCCAAAGAUAAAAACUCACUUUGGAUCACAUAUUUGGGUGCAUGUUUCUCAAAAUUUUGACCCAAUCAUUCUUUUCAAGAAAAUCCUCAAAUGCUUAACUUCUACCGAUCAAGUUGAAGUUGAGAGUAGGGAAGAUAUUCUAAAAAAGCUUCAAAAAGCUUUGGAAGACAAAACUUAUCUUCUAAUUCUUGAUGAUGUAUGGAAUGAAGAUCGUCCCAAAUGGGAUGAUUUUAUCAAUUCUUUGGUUGGCGUUACUUCUACCAAAAGGAAUGCAAUUGUUAUUACCACCAGAAAUACGGAAGUUGCUUCAACUAUGCUAUCUCUUCAUACACAUGAGCUCAAAGGAUUAUCAGACGAAGAUUGUUGGUCAAUAAUCCAAGCAAAAACUUUUGGAAAAGAGGAUAUUCCAUUAGAGUUUGAGGCCAUAGGGAGGAAGAUUGCCACAAGAUGUCAAGGUUUGCCGUUAGCUGCUAAUGUAGUUGGUGGAGUGCUAUGCAAUAAAUCUAAAGAAGAAUGGCUCUCGAUUGAAGAGAAAUGGCUUUCUUAUAAUGAAGGGGAUCAUAUCACAAAGAUAUUGAAGUUGAGCUUUGAUAAUUUGUCUCUGCCGUCACUCAAAAAGUGUUUUGCAUAUUGUUCCCUUUUUCCUAAAGGUCGCAGAAUCAAAAGUCAAGAACUGAUUGAGUAUUGGAUGGCAGAAGGAUUUCUUGAAGCUAAUGGAAGCAGUGAGAUGGAGUGCUUAGGUGACAAAUUUAUGAAAGUUCUUCUGCACAACUCUCUACUACAAGUUGCAGAAAGAGAUGAUUAUGGAAAUGUUCCUGCAAAAUAUGGAUGUGAAGAAUUGCCAAGUUCGAUAAGGAAGUUGAUACAUUUAAGGAAACUUGAUAUUUGGUCGACGCGCAUCAAAUAUUUGCCAGAUUGGAUUGGUGAACUCCAUCAGUUGCAAACAUUAAACGCAUGUACAGGAGAAUUGAGGGAACUGCCUAGUACUAUGAAGUACUUGAUUAAUUUAAGGCAUCUUUAUAUCGAUGAUGGUGUAGAGUUGCCUGCCGAGAUUGGGAGUUUAACUUCUCUCCAGACGCUAAAGUAUUUUAAAGUUGGCGACAAGAAUGGAUGCCAAAUCGAGGAGCUCGGGAGUUUGAAUGGUCUCAAAGGAAAACUGGUAAUUUCUUAUCUUGAAAGGGUUGAUAGCAAGGAAGCAGGUGUGAAAGCAAGUCUAUCUCACAAGUCAAAAUUAUUGGAUUUGUGUUUGAGAUGGGAUCAAGAUAGAGAAGGUGAAACUUCAAAUGAUGAGAAUGUGUUAGAAGGCCUCCAACCUCACUCUAAUCUGAAGAAGUUAGUGAUUAAAGGAUUCAAGGCAAAAAGAUUUCCGUCCUGGACCCAGAAGAUGGCAGUUGAAAAUGUGUCUCAAGGUUGUUGGGUACCACUUAACAAGUUGGUUGAGAUAAAACUCUUCAUGUGCUCAGAAUGUGAAGAAAUCCCAAUGUUUGGGCAGUUGCCAAAUCUCAAGUCUCUCUGGUUAGAAGGAUUGACAAAUUUGAAGUCCAUAAAUUCUUCUUUCUAUGGAUUAGUGAAUGAGGAUACAUGUAUUGUUUUUCCAGCUCUUGAAAAACUCGUAUUACAUAACCUGCAGAAGCUGACAGAGUGGGCAGAAGUAGAAUCUGCAGGUGCAAGUGAUGUGAAGGUAUUUCCUAACCUCCAACACUUGCAGAUCUCUCAGUGCAAGCAAUUGAUGAGUUUUCCUAAUCAUUCGUGGUCAAACCUCAAAAUUUUGAUAAUCUUGGAGACUGGGAGCACGCCGUUAACAUACAUAUUCCAGACGAAAUUAAAGUUUCUAACAGAGCUUUUCAUAGAUUCAAUAGAUGAUCUGGAAUAUCUCCCAAAUUGGUUAUUCUAUAACAAUCCCGAUCUCCGGGGGCUAUCUAUAACAAGGUGUUCCAAUUUGAGAGAACUACCAGAUGGUCUAGGCACCCUCAAUUCUUUGGAGAAGUUGAUUAUAAGCAACUGUCCAAAUUUGGAACGAGUAGCAGAUAUUGGUGCACAACAAUCACAAGGAAGCCUCACAUGUCUUAAAAGGAUGAAGAUUUGUGGAUGCGAAGCUUUGCUGUAUUUUCCAUGUGAAAUGGUAGGAUCCUUGCUUGAGGAACUGGAGUUGAAGAAUUUAAGUAGCCUAAAGAAUCUACCUGGGAUAAUUGAUUGUCUGCCGAAAUGGUCUCGUCUAACACGUUUAGAAAUUAUUGGUGUUUCUCGAUUGAUGGCCACUUAUUCUAAUAAUUUGUUAAAAAUAGAUGUUAGUAUGGAGGGAUCUAUGGAGACCGUUGAUGGCUUAUUGCAAGCAUGCUACUCCCACUCACUUUGGCAAUUAAAACUGAAAGGGAGGGAAGCUUGGGGAAAUUUGCCAGAAUCAAUUCAACAUCUCACCUCUAUUGAAUGGUUAGAGAUAGAGAAUUAUGGAAUGGAAGAGUUGCCUGAAUGGUUGGGGAGCCUCUCGUCUCUAGGGGUAUUGAAUAUAUAUGAUUGCAAGAAGUUAAGGCGUCUACAUGCACUGCGGGGCCUCACAUCACUUCAUGUCUUAGAUAUUAAGGGCUGUCCAGAAAUAAGUAUUGAACAACAAAGUGAUGCAGCUGAUAGCCAAUGGCCAAAGCACAUGAACAACAUAUGGAUUGAUGGAGACAUGCUAGAGAGAGUACUUGAAGAGAGAAGGAGAAAAAAUACUAAGAGUUUGAUGAGUGGGUGCCUCUAAAGUGUCCAUUUGAUUUUCUCAACCUGUCUUCAUUAUUACUGGAGUUAUCCAUUGCUCGAUUUCGCUGCAUUUCUCUGCUCCCAAAAUGCAGUGUUUUCCACUAGCUGUUGAGACUGUAAAUUGCAUAUUAAUAUCUCCAACGUGUUUAACACAAAUUCUCAGACAUAUCUUGGCAACUUCAUAUGCUUUUUCGAGAGGGUAUUUACCCUCUAAUCUGCUAUCCACAAUUCGUGGCAGUCUUUUUUUGUCAUUCAAAUAAGGUUUUGCAAAAUCGAUCAGAUUAUGCUCUCCUGCAGGCUGUUU